GUCUCCUCUUUCCUCCGCUUCCACUCCAUUGUUGACCAACCGGGUCAGGACCCGCUGCCUCCUGCAUUAUUGAUGAUGCUGCCCAGGAGGGGAGACUCCAGGAGGGGGACAGAUUGAGCCCAUAACCCUGCAGGAGCAGAAAGCAUCUAUAGCAACCGAGGCCUCAGGGCACCCAUGGGCAGUCAGAUCAGAUCAGAAGGCAAAAGGAUCAGGACAUCGGGAAGUCAGUCAUGGGCAGAAGUAAGGGCAAAGCGCCCCACCGCCGGCCUCGACCUGGAAGACCAGCCUCAGCCGAGCUGGAGUCUGGGUCCGCCAGCGCCGACUGCGCCCCAAGCCCGGACCGCAGGCCUGCCCGCAGCAAAGCCCGCAAGAACAAGCCCGCUACGGAGCACGAGGCCACUGGAGGCAAGGGGACCGCUGGAGGCCAGAGGAAGCACACCGGAGAGGGGAACCACCGCUGCAGAACAUCACAGGAGACCCAGGAGAGGCAGAGCAGCUCGCAGCGUCUGAGACACGGACCCACGGAGAGCCGUGACUCCGGGGACAGUUGUGGGGAGCACACGGAGGAACAGGGAAUCCCCAGGGAAGAAGUGAGGACAGGCAAACGCGGCCGCCGCAGGAGAGGAAAGGAUCGGGGACCUUUGACUCGGCGAGGUCACGGAGAGACUCCUGGCAGGGAUGGGGACACGUCGGGCGGGGAUGGUGGCAGCUCGUGUCUGGACAGUGAAGCCCGCGAGGCCCAGGACAGCAGCAGCCAGGGCGGUGGAGCCCCGGAGCGGCCACCCAAAAUGGAACCUUCGGAUCCCAGGUCAGAAGGCGCUCCAAUCAGAGGACCCAGCUCAACUCAGGUACAGGGCAAAUGCCCUGGCAGCAACCAUCCAGGCAGCGAAGGACACGCCUUGGAGCUCCAGAGCAAGGAAGGGUCGUCGGGGACGGGGCCUCAAAGAGCGAGUGACGAUUCCCGGACAGAUACAGACUCGAGCCCCGGGUGGGCUGGGCACAGACAUCUCCCACAGAAGAUCCCAGGAACCUCAAGUGGCAUCCCUGAGUCCCAGGAGAUAGAGCUGGGGAGGGAAGCUGCAGCCUCCAGCGUCCCCAGAGGCUCUCAGAGUCCCCAGGACUCUAGCGCGAUUGUAGACACCAGUGAUGUCGGGGCACAGCCAAAGGCUGAGCUGCUGGGCACCGAGCCUGAGACAGCGGGGGCUCCCGGGGCUCAGCUCCUCCAGGUCGGAGAGGUGACGAGAAAGGCGCUUGUGGUUGCGGGAGAGAGCGACGCGGGAGCCAGAGAGCGAUCGCGUGCAGGGGACCCAGGGCCCCGGGACCGGACGCCACUGGCUGCGCUCGUAGUGCUGCGCAGGCUGCGUCCGAGGCCCCCAGCCGGCGCGUCUCCCCAGUUCGCUGGUGGCAUCCGCGUGGGUCUCAAGGCGCGGCUGCAGCGCGUGGCGCGGGCCCUGGGCUUCCUGCGUUGGCUGCGACUGCGGGUAGAGCGACGUCGGACAGAGGCGCGGGCCGCGAGCCCGCGGGAGUGUAAGGAGCGCGGCCGCGAGAGGGCGCUCGAGGCGCGGGGCAGGGUGCCCGGGCCACGGCGCUGGUUGGCCUUGCGCCUGGCCUGUCGCCUGGUGGGGCUCCGGGGAACGCCGCGAGCUCUCCCUGGCGGUGGUCCGAGCCCUCCGCAGGCUCUGAGUAGCUCCGUCUCUAAUGAUGCAUCAGCCAUCGAGGAUCCAGCUCCAGAUCCCAAAUUCGCAGUGGUCUUUCCCCGCAUCCACAAAGCCAGGAAGGAGUCGGGCAGCAGCAGUUCGGGAACAUCCGCGGGCGCCCCCACUGCUGGAGCUGCAGAGGAUAGGGAGGAACAAGAAGCUAACGGAGAAGGGGUGGCCAGGGCCUGUCAGGUUCCCUCCUUUUUCCCGUCUGCCCGCAAUGGGACACCACCGAAUGAGAACCGGAGCCAAGCAGAGCCAGAGACCCUGGAAGCUAAGACUGGGGUGCACUGGGCACAGGACUCUAAUCCCAGCGAAGACCCUGAGCUUGGCGCUGAUACUCUGCUGCCUCAGCUCACCCUGGAGACUCGCCUGCGGCAGAAUAGCCCCUGCAGGUCACCAAGGGAGCGGUGGGAGCCAGAGGAUGACACUGAGGCAGCGCUGGAAAGGGACCUGGAGUUGAGCCUCCAGAGGAACCUAGAGAUGCCACCCUUUCUGGGUGCUAAGACCGGGAGUCUCCCAGAGAGCCUGGAAGACAUUGAGGACCUCGCCAGGCUGCGGCUGGUGUGUGACAGCUCUGUGCUGCUGUGCCUCAAGAAGAGGUUCCACCUGGGCCGCAUCUAUACUUUCGGGGGGCCCCUCCUACUUGCUCUGAACCCCCACCGGUCCCUGCCUCUCUUCUCAUCAGAAGUCUUGGCCAGCUACCAUCCUAGGAAGGCUCCAAACACCACACCACACAUCUUUGCCAUUGGGGCAGCAGCCUAUAGCCUGUCUCAGAGCACUGGACAGGAUUCCUGCAUCCUCCUGGGGGGACACAGUGGCUCAGGGAAGACUGAGGGGGCCAAGAAGAUUUUGGAGUUUCUAAGCAGCCUAGGGCAGAAGCCGAUGGAGGCCAACCUGGCUCAGCUGGAGGACAUUCUACCCGUACUCGGCAGCUUUGGCCAUGCCAAGACCAUCCUCAACGCCAACGCCAGCCGCUUCGGCCAGGAGAUCCGCCUCUGCCUGCAGCAGGGGCUUAUUGUAGGAGCCUCUGUGUCCCACUAUCUACUUGAGACCUCCAGAGUAGUGUUUCAGGUAAUGACCAGCCUCCUGCCCACCCCUUCCCCAGCUCUGAAGGUGGGAAAGAGAACGGGGCAUAGCCCUCAAGCCCUGCUCCCCACCAAGCCAGUUUCUCUACCCAAGGCCCAGGCUGAGCGAAGCUUCCAUGUUUUUUAUGAGCUGCUGGCAGGGUUGGACCCCACGGAACGUGAGCAGCUCUCUCUGCAGGGACCCGAGGCCUACUACUACCUCAACCAGGGCGGGGCCUGCAGGCUGCAGGGCAAGGAGGAUGCUCAGGACUUCAAAGAGCUGAUGAAGGCCCUGAGGGGGCUAGGGUUGUGCGCAGAGGAGCUGACUGCAGUCUGGGCUGUGCUGGCCACCAUCCUGCAUCUGGGCAACAUCUGCUUCUCGUCUUCAGAGCGGGAGUCCCAAGAGGUGGCUGCUGUGUCCAGCUGGGCUGAAAUCCACCUGGCAGCCCGACUGCUACAGGUACCACCAGAGCGCCUAGAGGGAGCAGUCACCAAGAGGGUCAUGGACACACCCUACGGCCCGGUCUCCAGACCUCUGCCAGUGGAAGGUGCCAUUGAUGCCAGGGAUGCCCUGGCCAAGACCCUGUACACAAGGCUCUUCACCUGGCUUCUGAAGCACAUCAAUGCACGGCUGUCCCCACCGAGAGAGGCAGACAGUGUGGCCACCAUUGCAGUUGUGGAUGCCUUUGGCUUUGAGGCACUGCGGGUGAAUGGCUUAGAGCAGCUAUGCAGCAAUCUGGCCAGCGAGCGCCUGCAGCUCUUCUCCAGCCAGAAGCUGCUGGCCCAGGAGGAGGAGGUGUGCCAGCAGGAGCUGCUAAAGUGGGUGCCCAUUCCCCAGCCUCCAAGGCAGUCCUGCCUGGAUCUCCUGGUGGGCCAGCCCCAUAGCCUUCUAAACAUCCUGGACACCCAGACCUGGCUAUCCCAGGCCACAGACCACACCUUCCUCCAGAAGUGCCACUAUCACCAUGGUGACCACCCCAGCUACGCCAAGCCUCAGCUGCCCCUGCCAAUCUUCACGGUGCGGCACUACGCUGGGACUGUCACCUACCAGGUGCACAAGUUCAUAAACAGAAACAGGGGCCACCUGGACCCCGCUGUGCUGGAGAUGCUCAGGCAGAGCCAGCUGCAGCUCAUGGGCAGCCUGUUCCAAGAAGCAGAGCCCCAGGCUGGGACUGAGCAAAACAAACCCACAUUGGCCUCUCGAUUCCAGCAGACCCUGGGUGACUUGCUAGCUCGGCUAGGCAGGGGCCAUGUCUACGUCAUCCACUGUCUCAAUCCCACCCCUGGAAAGAUCCCAGGCCUCUUGGACGUGGGGCAUGUGGCAGAGCAGCUGCGUCAGGCUGGCAUCCUGGAGAUCAUAGGCACCCGGAGUACCCACUUCCCCGUGCGAGUGUCCUUCCAAGUCUUUCUGGCAAGGUUCCAUGCCCUGGGGUCAGGGAGACAGAAAGCUGCCUCUGACCAGGAGAGGUGUGGUGCCAUCCUCAGUGAAGUGCUGGGGGCAGAGUCACCGCUGUAUCAUCUUGGAGUCACCCAGGUCCUGCUGCAGGAACAGGGCUGGCAGCAGCUAGAACAGCUGUGGGCUCAGCGGCGCUCACAGGCCCUGCUCACUCUGCACCGUGGCCUCCGAGCCUGUAUCACCCGGCAGCGCCUCCGUCUCCUGCCCCGGAUGCAGGCUCGUGUGCGUGGGCUCCAGGCCAGGAAGCGAUAUCUCCAGCGGAGGUCAGCUCUGGGACAGCUGAACACCAUUCUCCUAGUGGCCCGGCCCCUGCUCCGGAGACGACAGAAGCUACGGCUGCUGAGUUGGGGAUGGGCUGCUAGUGAGGCUCUGGAAACCCGACCAUCUGACCUGGGUCGCUUAGAGAUCCCCGCCCAGCUGGCUACUCUGCUGGAGAGGGCGGAAGGCCACCAGGCCUUGCUGACGGGGAGCAUCACAGAGUCCCUGCCACCUGAGGUCCCCGCCCGGCCCAGCCUGACUCUCCCUCCAGACAUUGACCAGUUUCCCUUCUCCAGUUUUGUAUCCACCAGCUUUCAGAAGCCAUUUCUGCCUCGACCAGGGCAGCCACUGGACGAGCCCCUGACGCGGUUAGAUGGCGAGAACCCUCAGCAGGCUCUGGAGAUCAACAGGGUGAUGCUGCGGCUCCUGGGGGAAGGAUCUCUGCAGUCCUGGCAAGAGCAGACCAUGGGCACGUUCCUCGUGCAGCAGGCCCAGCGACGGCCGGGACUCCGAGAUGAGCUCUUCAGCCAGCUGGUGGCCCAGCUGUGGCGCAACCCAGAUGAGCAACAGAAUCAGCGUGGCUGGGCCCUAAUGGUGAUCCUGCUCAGCUCCUUUGCUCCCACACCUGCCCUGGAGAAGCCACUGCUCAAAUUUGUAUCUGACCAGGCUCCCAGUGGCAUGGCAGCCCUGUGCCAGCACAAGCUGUUAGGUGCCCUGGAGCAGACACCGCUGGCUCCCAUGGCUUCGAGGUCCCACCCACCCACACAACUUGAGUGGAAGGCUGGUUUACGUCGGGGCCGCAUGGCGCUGGAUGUGUUCACAUUCAACGAGGAAAGCUACUCCGCGGAAGUGGAAUCCUGGACCACGGGAGAGCAGUUUGCAGGGUGGAUCCUACAGAGCAGAGGCCUGGAGGCGCCCCCUCGUGGCUGGUCUGUGUCACUGCAUUCUGGGGAUGCUUGGCGUGACUUGCCUGGCUGUGACUUUGUGUUGGACCUAAUAGGCCAGACUGAGGACUUGGGAGACCCAGCUGGUCCCCACAACUACCCCAUCACUCCUCUUGGUUUAGCUGAGAGCAUCCCUCCAGCCCCUGGUGUCCAGGCUCCUUCCCUGCCCCCAGGACUCCCUCCAGGUCCAGCCCCAAUACUGGCCAGCAGCCGCCCUCCGGGCGAGGCCAGUAAGCCUGAGAACCUGGAUGGUUUCGUGGACCACCUCUUUGAACCAGCGCUCGCUCCGGGUUUCAGUGAUCUGGAACAAGGCUGGGCCCUGAGCAGACGCAUGAAGGGAGGGGGCUCUGUUGGGCCCACCCAGCAGGGCUACCCCAUGGUGUACCCAGGUAUGGUGCAGGCACCUAGCUACCAGCCAGCUAUGAUACCCGCACCGAUGCCCGUCAUGCCAGCCAUGGGCGCAGUCCCAACCAUGCCAGCCAUGAUGGUGCCACCCCAGCCACAGCCUCUGGUGCCCAGUUUGGACUCAAGGCAGCUGGCACUACAGCAGCAAAACUUCAUCAACCAGCAGGCGAUGAUUCUGGCGCAGCAGAUGACCACCCAGGCCAUGAGCCUGUCCCUGGAGCAGCAGAAUCAGAGACACCAGCACCAAGCUCAGACCUCUGGGGCCACCUCCCAGCCUCCACCCUCAACCACUGCUCCCAAGGCCAAGAAGCCUCCUGCCCCCCAAGAGAAGCCAGAGAGUAACCUAGAGCCUUCGGGUGUUGGCUUGAGAGAGGACACCCCAGAGGAAGCUGAAAGCAAGCCUCAGCGCCCCAAGAGCUUCCAACAGAAACGGGACUAUUUCCAGAAGAUGGGGCAAGAGCCGAUCAGAGUGAAGACGGUGAAACCUCCAGCCAAGGUUCAGAUCCCCCAAGAGGAGAUGGAGGAGACGGAGGAGGAGGAGGAGGAGACCGCCGAGUUGUCCCCUCCUCCUCCCCCUCCCCCGGUUGUGAAGAAGCCGCUGAAGGCAAGCAGGCCCAAAGCCGUAAAGGAAGAUGAGGCAGAGCCCGCCCAGGAGGAAGUACCGACCCAGGGCGAGGAUCCCCCGGUGCACAGCUCCAACUCCGCACCUCAGCACCCCAAACCCAGCAGGGUACCCCCAGUGCAGAGCUCCAACUCCGCACCUCCACGCCCGCAACCCAGCAGGGAAAUCCGAAACAUCAUCCGAAUGUACCAGAGCCGUCCAGGGCCUGUGGCUGUGCCCGUACAACCCACCAGGCCCAUCAAAACUUUUCAGAAGAAAAAUGACCCUAAGGAUGAGGCUUUGGCUAAGUUAGGGAUAAAUGGCGUCCACUUGCCCCUAUCGACAUCGCCUAACCAAGGGAAGAGCUCUCCACCGGCUGUAGUUCCUCGACCUAAGGCUCGACCUCGUCUUGAGCCUUCCCUAUCCAUCCAGGAAAAGCAGGGACCCCUUCGGGACUUGUUUGGCCCAUGUAGUCCAAACCCACCUACAGCUCCAGCACCCCCGCCUCCACCAGCACUCCCACCGCCUCUGUCUGGGGAGCCCAAGACCCCUUCAGUGGAGUCUCAUGCCUUGACAGAGCCCAUGGAGGACAAGAACAUCUCCACAAAGCUCCUUGUGCCCUCUGGAAGUGUGUGCUUCUCCUAUGCCAAUGCACCCUGGAAGUUGUUCUUACGCAAGGAGGUGUUCUACCCCCGGGAGAACUUCAGUCAUCCAUACUGCCUCAGUCUCCUCUGCCAGCAGAUCCUGCGGGACACCUUCACAGAGUCCUGCACCCGGAUCUCACAGGAUGAGCGGCACAAAAUGAAAGGCCUUCUGGGAGACUUGGAGGUGAGUCUGGAGACCCUUGACAUUGUUGAAGACAGCAUCAAAAAACGCAUCGUGGUCGCUGCUCGGGACAACUGGGCCAAUUACUUCUCCCGCAUCUUCCCAGUCUCGGGUGAGAGUGGCAGCGAUGUACAGCUGCUGGGUGUGUCUCACCGGGGACUGCGGCUGCUGAAGGUGACCCAAAGCCCGAGCUUCCACCUGGACCAGCUGAAGACACUCUGUUCCUACAGCUAUGCUGAAGUCCUGACCGUGCAGUGCAGGGGCAGAUCCACCCUGGAGCUGUCCUUGAAGAAUGAGCAGCUGAUACUGCACACAGCCUGGGCGAGGGCCAUCAAGGCCAUGGUGGAUCUAUUUCUGAGUGAACUCAGGAAGGACUCCGGCUAUGUCAUCGCCCUGCGCAGCUACAUCACCGAUGACAAUAGCCUCCUCAGUUUCCACCGUGGGGACCUCAUUAGGUUACUGCCAGUGACCGCUCUGGAACCAGGCUGGCAGUUCGGUUCUGCCGGGGGCCGCUCCGGACUCUUUCCCGAUGACGUGGUGCAGCCAGCUGCUGCCCCCGACCUCUCCUUUUCCCUGGGAAAGAGAAACAGCUGGCAACGCAAGAGUAAGCUGGGGCCAGCUCAGGAGCGCCCCACCCAUCCCAGGAAACAAGAACCCAGUGAAGACUCGGAGGCCACCUCCUUUACAACCUACAGCUCUUUGUCUGCCGACCCCCACAACUACACCAUGCAGGAAUUUGCCCUGCGCUAUUUCCGGAAGCCUCAUACCUGGCUGACCCAGAUGAGUAGAGACACCAAAGAGAAAGCUGCCAUCAACCUGAUCCAGUACACUAAGGACCCCAUCCAGGAAUCCCUUACCAGCUUCUGCAAUGGGGACACAAACAGUAAAGCUGUGGCUGGCUUCAAGGCUCUGAUGCAGUUUAUGGGGGACCAGCCUAAGCCCCGGGGCAAGGACGAGCUGAGUCUGCUCUAUGAGCUGCUGAAGCUGUGCCAAGAUGACCUUAGGGACGAGAUGUACUGCCAGGUCAUCAAGCAAGUCACAGGACACCCCCAGCCAAAGCACUGUGCUCUGGGCUGGAGCGUCCUCAGCCUCUUCACAGGCUUCUUUGCACCAUCGACCACGCUGAUGCCCUAUGUGACCAAGUUCCUGCAGGAUUCCAGCCCCAGUGAAGAGUUGGCCAGGAGGAGCCAGGAGAACCUCCAGCGCACAGUUAAAUAUGGGGGACGCCAGCAGCUGCCGUUACCUGGUGAAAUGAAUGCUUUUCUGAAAGGGCAAGCAGUUCGUUUGCUUCUAAUUCACCUGCCUGGGGGUGUGGACUACAGGACGAAUUCACAGACAUUCACAGUGGCAGGGGAAGUGCUAGAGGAGCUGUGUGGACAGAUGGGCAUCACAGACUUGGAAGAAGUGCAGGAAUUUGCCCUCUUUCUCAUCAAAGGAGAAGGUGAGCUGGUUCGGCCGCUGUCACCCCAUGAGUACAUCAACAAUGUGGUGACGGACCAGGACAUGAGCCUUCACAGCCGACGGCUUGGUUGGGAGACUCCACUGCAUUUUGAUCACUCCACCUACACGGAAACCCACUAUGGCCAGGUGCUUCGGGACUACCUGCAAGGGAAGCUGAUAGUCAGCACCCAGGCAGAGGCUCUACUUGCCCAGCUUGCUGCCUUCCAACACUUCGACAAAACCGGAACUUCUAGUCCUCCAUCAGAGCAAGAGCUGCUGUCUUAUAUUCCCAAGCCACUGCAAUGGCAGGUGAACACAGCCAACAUAAAGAGCUUGGUGACCCAGGAGCUGAGGCAGAUGCAAGGGUACAGCAAGCAGAGAGCACAGAUUGGCUUUAUAGAGAGCACAGCGCAGCUGCCCCUCUUUGGCUACACUGUGUACGUAGUGCUGAGAGUGAGUAAGCUGGCCCUCCCUGGACCAGGCCUCCUGGGGCUGAACCGUCAGCACCUGGUCCUCAUGGACCCCAGCUCUCAGGAACUCUGCUGCUCUGUCAUGCUAAAAGACCUGAAGCAGCUCCACCUGCUGAGCCCACUGCAGGAGGACGGGCCCCCUGGCCUAGAACUCAACUAUGGCUCUGUUGACAACCCCCAGACCAUCUGGUUGGAGUUGCCACAGGCCCAGGAGCUGCAGCACACCAUCAUCUUCCUGCUGGGCAGCAUGUCCACUCAGUGGCCAGGUCUCCUCUGAGGAGUGGAGAUAAGGCAGCGGUCUCUCACUGGGCAGUCUGCCUUAGUCCUGCUCUGAAUCCGCUGCACAACCCCCCACCCCACGUGGAGGCCAAAAGGCAAAGUUGUGUCACCUGGGAGAAUAGGCAGACACAUCCCCUCUGGGGUGGACUGCAACAGGAGUUGGGGCAUUUGCUGGCUAGCCCCAGGGAAAAUGCCCACCCAGCUCGAAAGCGGCACAAGUAAAACACCCAAGAAAAGAUUGUGUGUGA